GCCAUAAUGGCGGCUAGUUGCUGGUGUUUGAAACGCCUGGGCGAAAAAAUCGGCGACUUGUCGUAUAUUCCGUUACCAUCAGGCAUUGAAGUUACUUUAGGUAGAGGUCUGGAUGUGACUGUGCAAUUACUGCCUGAUGAAGAACCAUUAAUGAUUUCCAGAAAACAUGCAAUAUUUCAAGAUAACGACAAUACCUGGACAGUUGUAGAUAAUAAAAGUAUAAAUGGAAUCUUUAUCAAUGGAAAGAAGAUAAAGCCAUUAAAACCCCAUCAAGUCAAAGAAAAUGACAUUGUCCAAAUCGGAAAAAAGCCAAAUGAAAAAACUCCACCAGAAUUUGUUUUUAAAUUUAUUGAAGAGAGACAUACACCCCAGGAAAUACAAUCAGUUUUUAAUAAAAAGAAGCAAUUGCAACCAAAUAAACCAGCAAAUAAAAAGAAUGGCGUUAAGAGGAAAAGUUGUGAUACCAAUACUGAAAGUCACACCACAAGAAAAAAAGAUUGUAAGUUAUCUGGGGCAGGUGAGCCUAGUACUAAACGAUAUAAAAUUCAAAACAGUCAAGAACCGGGACCUUCAAACAUUUCUGAAAACUCAAGGCCUGUGCCUACUGUUGGAUCGUCUAGUCCAACUAAAGGAAAGAAAGUCAAUCUUUCAGAAAAACAGCUUCAGGACAUGAAAAAUAAAUUGAAAGAACAGGAAAAUCUAGCUGAGGUUAAAGUCCAAGAAGCUGAGCACCAGUUACUAAGAAUGCAGUCUGUUCUCACUGCAAAUGAAAAUGCCAAGGUACAGUUAGAGGAGAAAUUAAAACUCAGAGAACAGGAGAUGUUGAAAGAAGUGGAAGAGCAGAAAGAGAGAUUGCAAGCAGAGAAAGAACUGCUGCAGAAACAAAUGAAGGAAUUCAUGGAAAUUCAGUUGAAAGAGAAGGAAGAAAAAAUGUUGCUGGAGUUAAAACAGCAGAGGGACACACUUCAACUGGAGAAGAAGAAAGUAGAGGAGAGUUUACAAAAGGAAUUACAAGUGAAGUUGGUUGAAAAAGAUAAGGAUUUACAAGUUACGUUGGAGAAACAGAAAGAAAAACUGGAAGAAAUAAUAUCUAGGAAAGAAUUGGAAUACACUGUCCUGGAAAGUCAGUUAAAAGAAAGUAAGAUGGAUAAAGAGCAACAAGAGCUGAGCAUCCAGAAAGCCAAAGAAGAGGCGAUCCAGAAUGUAGCAGACGUCAUGGAAGAUGAGUUACAGUGCAGUCUCUGCUAUGAGUUAUUUGUUGAGGCUACUACAUUGAGUUGCUCGCAUUCAUUUUGUAAUUGGUGCAUAACGGAAUGGCUGGUAACCAAGAAGCAUUGUGACUGUCCUGUAUGUAGAGCCAAAGUAACAAGUCGCAAUAAAUCCAUCGUGCUAGAUAGUUAUAUUGAUAAAAUGGUGGAAAACCUAAGUGAUGAGCUUAAAACCAGAAGAUUGGAACUGAUUGCUGAAAGGAAAAAAAACACACAGGACAGAGGGGCUCAUAAGCGAUCUCCAAAGAAACAAUCUGACAGUCAUAGAACAGGUGAUGAGACAACUACCAUUAGUGCCAGGACAAGUGGACCAGCAACAAGAUCACGUACACACAUGGUCGUGAUUGACAGUGACUCCGAUGAUGAUGAUGAUGAUGAUGAUGAUGAUAAUAAUAACAGUCCGAUUGAUAUAUCUAGUGAUAAUAACUCUGAUGAGUUUGGUGAAAACUCUGACUCUUCUGAUGUGGAAGGAGAUUCUGAUGCUAUUUAUGGUGGUUAUGGAAGAUGUUAUGUUUGUGGUUCAACAGGUCACUGGGCUCCUGGGUGCCCCUUCAGGUAG